UUCGCUCGUUCAUUCUCGUGCGUGAAGUCUAGCGGUGAACACGCGUGUGCAUGCGCUCGUACAUCGUUUACAAAAACAGCCGGGCCAGAGAACAACCGCGAUCCUUCUGGGGGCCGCCGCGUGAGGACCUGCGGUGUAUUUUGUUGUGUAUUUGUUUCGAUCGAUUCGCUCUAGCACCAUCCGGACUAUGGCACUAAUGCCUACCAGUUAGUGGAGUGAUUGGAAAGAUAGAUCGAUCCGCGACCCAUCGCCGGUUUAGGCGUUCGUUGCGGUAAUCGGGAUCGGUGAGCAACGGUGUGUUUUUAUUUUGAUUGCGUUCACAAUCUAUCAACGAGCGAGAGAGCCCGAGCCGAAGCGCGCGCGCGUGUGUGUUUGUGUGAUUUUAGUUCAAAUUUCGAAGCUGCCAGGAGCGGCGCGCAAUCGUGAGGCCUACACCGUUCGGGGAGCAGCGGAAGGGCCGCGAGUAGAGCAGCGCUAGAUUACGGAGCAGUGAUUAACUUAAUUUCAACUCAUUUUAUGGUCAUCAUACACGUAUGUCCUAGGAGUGUGUAGAAACUGCGCAAUCUCGAACCGAAACCGGAAAGGAAUUAACCGGGGGGGAAAAAGAACCAAAACCAACCCCCGUACCCCGAAUGUUGUGCCGAUAGUUUCCAGCUGUCUGUGUGGUGGAUGGCAGCAAGAAGUGAAGCGACUAAGUGAAGCCACGAACUAAUCGGUGGAGUGUACGGAUCGUGUGGUGUACGAUCGCGUAAAAACAAACCAGAUCACCAGCCAGAGUCAAGGCAACGGUUUGCCGAUGCCCGAGCGCACUGCCGCGGUCGAGAUAAGUUAUUUCGGCGCCUUAAAUUGGACCCCGGGAAACAUUUUGUUAAUUAAUUAAUACCAUUCGCUCCGUCGCAGUGGUCGCCGCUGUGUCCUAAUCGGCAAUUGGAGUGGUUUGCGCCGAGUGUUCAGAGUUCCGAGCGAAGGAGGAGUAAAAUUGCUCCCCGAAAGCCGCCAACAGCCCUGUCCAGCGCUGCACAAUUACAGCACGCAGUGAGAAACAAACGAAAUCUUGCUGUAACGAUUUAAAUUGAUUUGAAUGCUGCCAGUGUUCCCUCGCACGGUCGCGAAAGUAGCGCUGGGGAUUGUAUUUAAUACCUAAUUUCCGUUAAUCUUGCAAUUGCUGCUGCUGCUGCUGCUGCAGCUAAUAUACUUACCCGGGCCCGGACCGCGCGGACCAAUUGCUUGUUCCGGUUGGUGUGGAAUUGUAGAAUCACUUUUGACAAUUGUGACAGCAGACGAGUGGCCUUAGCAGUGGUUGCGAGUUGCGAUUCCAGUCUGUGUGCCAGUGGAGCCGCGAGUGAGUGUGAUUAUUGUCUGCUCCGUUCGCUAGCCAAGUAUCAUCCCCCUUCAGUGAUGUCCCGGAGAGCAAUCAAAACAUAGCAACCCCCAACACCCAUCCAACCCCCUUGUGGUAUGAUCAGUUUAUUGGCACAAUCACAACAGUUGCCCCUGCGGUGCAACGUUUUACAGCCGCCGCCGCGGCCUGCUCGUCCAAACGCGUUGGAAAGUUGUCAACUGUCAAUUUGAGUCCAACACAGUAGUGUGGGGAUCUAGAGAGGGAAAGAGAUCGCCCGCAUUAAAGUGUGCUGUGCGUGGUGUUUUUGUUGGUUUGCAAUUUAGAAAAAAAAGUGUCUCCAGCCGCUGCCAAAAGGGAAGUGUGUUUGAUUGUGCAGAUUGUUGCCACCGAGCGGUGCACUGAUGUCCCACAUUUAGGUGAGGUGUUUGUGGCUUAGUGCGUCGUACCCUUUUCGUGUUCCCGCUGUGGUCCCGUGAUAAGGAAGAUUUGUGUGCAGUGUGUCCUACGGAGUUUGAAAGUGCGAUCUGCGUAGUAGACUACAGCGUGAGCAAAUUGGAAAAGAGCGCACAGAUGCUGAAGUCACAUCUCCGUCGAAACUGCCCAACUUCCGUGACGUCAUCCACCUCUAUUCGGAAGCAAUGGUCUGUUAAACGGAUCGUCAGCAAAACAGUGAUCAGUUCUUGAAUUAAAGCAAGUAGUACAAGCGCGCUUACUUCCAAAAGACACAACACCCCUCAACACAAUCGUUUGGAUCAAGUGUGCCCCUGGAACGCCGAAAAUGGCGGACGUCGAGUCGCAGAAGAUAUGCGGCAAAGCCAAAUCCAGGAUCACGGUGCCCGUAGCUGUUGACGGAUUGAUACUGGUGCUAGUCGCCUGCUUUCUGAUACUGACCGAGCUGGGCCUGUUGCCGCAAGUGGUAAAACGUGGCUUCUACUGCAACGAUCAAUCGAUCCAGCACGAGUAUAAGGGCGAUACGAUAACGACCGUCACCAUACUGUUGAGCGGGCUUGUGCCCAUGCUGCUGAUAUGGCUGACGGAAGCGCUGCUCUACACGCCCUCGAUCAGCAUGAGCAAAACCGACACCGAGUCCCGGGCGGGCGGUUCCUGGCGGGAGGCCUGGUACUGGUCAAAAAAGUACGGCCGCGGACUUAUCACCAUGCUAGUCAUCAUCGGUACCAUUAAGAUUUUCCUCGGCGAACUACGACCCCACUUCCUGAGCACCUGUCAGCCGGACGUGGAGUGCAAGGGCACUGAAUUCGUCAGCUCGUACACCUGCACCAACAGCGAGGAAAGUCUGUACUUUGUGCGAGACGCUAGCAAAUCCUUCCCCUCCGGACACGCCGCCAUGUCCGUGUUUGAGGCCAUCUUUCUCAUCUGGUACCUGGAGAAGCGUGUGCCCCGUCUGCGGACCCUCUUUACCAUUCCGCUGUUCCAGAUGGUCCUGAUGUGUUGGGCCGUGUUCUGCUCGCUCUCGCGCAUCACCGACAACCGGCAUCACUGGUGGGACGUACUGGCCGGCACUAUAGCCGGUUCAAUCGCAGCCUUUAUGACGUGUCUGUUCGGCUGUCAAAACUUCGACGCAAGCAAACGGAAACGGAAGACAUCGCUGUACACCGAUCACGACCACAAGCUGAUUAACAGUGGCAGCGGUGGUGGUGGUGGUGGUGCCGCCACCCUCGGCACACCGCUGCACAAGGAGGAGAUUAACCUGAACAACGUGAUCCACGCCUGACCGUGCCCGUGGGGGAUAGCGUUAGGCCGACGGACAACACGCAGCUUCUCCGCUGUCCGUAUUCCACAGAAACAGUAUUUUGCGCUACGUAUUUUUGUAUGACACGGGUUACGAUCGUAGUAACCCCUGAUGGUUGUUUUUUUUUUUAGCAAAACAAAAGCCUUCUUCCCUUC